CAUCGUGCGGCGGCGUUUGUUUUGUUGUUGUGUUCGCAUUGUGUUGUGUUUCAUCCGACGCCAGGCGAUGGGUGCACCCCGGCCCGAGGCAACGAGGGGCCCCGGGCCCUGCAGUUACGCGACGAUCGGCGCGUGUUUCGUGGUGGACGCAGCGUGAAGUAGACCCUCGUCGUCGUUCCUCCCCCCGACUGUGGUGGCCAGCAUCGUGAGCUCAGGCGCGCAGGGAGCUACCGCCGUCGUAGUUCCUUGCCGGAUCUGCGGUCGCGACGAAUUGGGACGUGCAGCUGCGGGUCGGCGGGACGACGCUGCCUAGCCGCUGCUUAGAGCGCGGACCUCUUCCAGUCCUUGCAGCCGAAAGGCCCCACUGGCGCGCUCUCGGACGGGCUCGCGAGCCCGCGACCCACCUGUCAAGCUGGUGCUCCGUCCGACCGCCAAGAUUUCGCCCUCCAAGGCCGACGCCAGCAGCGUCGGCGCCAUGACCGAAGCCGUACCGCAAUUGUGCGUGUCGGCCUCGGACAAGGCGGCGUCCGGCGGCGGUGGCUGCCGCGGUCGGCGCGUGUGCGCCGGCUGCGGUGCGCCCAUCCGCGAUCAGUACAUCCUGCGCGUGGCGCCGGACCUGGAGUGGCACGCGGCCUGCCUCAAGUGCGCCGACUGCCACGAGUUCCUGGACGAGACCUGCACCUGCUUUGUGCGCGACGGAAAGACUUACUGCAAGCGCGACUACGUUCGGCUGUUCGGCACCAAGUGCUCCAAGUGCCGGCAGGCUUUCUGCCGCACAGACUUCGUGAUGCGCGCCCGGCAGCACGUGUACCACCUGGACUGCUUCCGGUGCCAGGCCUGCGAACGCCAGCUCAUGCCGGGCGACGAGUUCGCGCUGCGAGAGGACGGCCUCUUCUGCCGCGCCGACCACGACGUGCUCGACAAGUUCGCCUCCUCCGCGCACGGGGCCCCGCCCGCCAACGGCAUCCACGUCGCUCCGAACGCGGAGCCCGUCCCUGUCGGCGGCGGUGUUCCCGGUGCCCGGUCCGGCGGCCAGGCAGGCGCCGCAGCUGCGCCGCCCGCCCAGCCUCGGGGCCAUCCGCAGAGCAAGCAGCAGCCGCAGCACGCGGAGGGUACACAGGCGUCGCAGCAGCACAAGCCGACUCGGGUGCGGACGGUGCUGAACGAGAAGCAGCUGCACACGCUGCGCACUUGCUACGCGGCCAACCCGAGGCCGGACGCGCUCAUGAAGGAGCAGCUGGUCGAGAUGACGGGCCUGUCGCCGCGCGUCAUCAGGGUCUGGUUCCAGAACAAGCGCUGCAAGGACAAGAAGAAGAGCCUCCUCAUGAAGCAGAUGCAGCAGCACGAAAAGGAUGGGCGUCCGCUCAGCCUGGGCAGCCUGCGCGGCGUGCCCAUGGUUGCCAGCAGCCCCGUGCGGCACGAGGGCAGCGACAGUCCGCAGCCACUCGAGGUACACGCCUACCAGCCGCCCUGGAAGGCCCUGGCCGAGUACGCCAUGCACCCAAACGAGGUGGAUCCCACGACGCCGCACUUCCAGCAUCUCGUCAACCAGAUGCACGGUUACGACACGGGUGACCCCGGCUGCAUGGGCGUGCUACCGCUGGGCGUCGGUGGCCACUACCUGUGCCCGGACGACGGUCUAGGCGCGCCGCCCAGCAACCUGUCGUCGCACCACUCCAGCCACUUACCCGGCACGCCCUCCGAACUGUCCAGCCCCACGAGCGAAUGACCUCCGGGGCCCUCCCCGAGGGGUCGUCCAAGGACGCGAAAGCACGACCGCGCGCCGCGGCCUUAAAAGACGUGCACCGCUACAGAGACGUCCGCCACACCGGUGCCCUGUACAUAUAUGCUUGCGGCGAAGCCGUGAAGAAGGUGGUGGACCUGCGCGUGGAAGCACCACCUCGACAACAAGCGGACGGCUUGGCGUUCCAACUGGCGUUAUGGCGAGGCUCCUGACGCGGAGACGGUUAAGUGAAUAAGGAAUGCUCGCCGUUCUCAGAGAAAACGAGAAGCCAGUUAAACGAAGGAGCCAAUCAAGGCUACUCGCCUUUCCUAGGGGAGGGCUUCGCUGGUCGUUUUAUAACGUGGAGGCCGCACGUGGGGACGAGGCAGAAGGCACCUGGCAAGCCGGGAUUACGUGCGCGUCGGCUAGGAGACACGCAAGGGACUCGAGAUCUUGUUUUUUAUUUUUUUUUCUGCCACACCGUUUCUCACUGGGCUAACUAUCAACUAGUGUAGGUAAUUCCAGGCCAUAAAUAAGACCCGUCAAAUGAACAACAAACGGAAAGAAGCUCAAUUCGCAUGCUAUUAAAGCUGCAUUCUUAGAUCACGCAUGGAGUUUUUGCAUGACGACGGAGUAUUAACGAACAGCGUUCAGUUACAUCGCCAAAGCAAAGCAGGAAGCGGAACUUUUGGAAACGUACCGACGCCGCAUAGUCGUACUUGACAGGAUAGAUAGAGAAAAGAAAGAAAAAUCACACACAAAAACACGCCAGAAUUCGUGAAUAUAUGCAUCAUCCUCAAUACACGGAGGACGUCAGAGUAUUCCACCGUGUUCAUCGCUGUGAGGAAUUGCAAAAUCAGUACCGAGUGUCCCAGUCAACCUACUUGUAUACCUACGGCUGCAUUCUUUUGUUUCUGAAAUCGACGUUCCAUCAAGUACCACUGUGUAGCCUCCACUCAACACUUCUACAUUACCUCGGCACGGGUCAAGUGAAGACCAGCGAUGACAAGCAAAGCGCGUGCAAGAAAAUAGCGCUCCCGAUUCCGGAUACAUGAGACUGUGUGCGUCUUAGCACCGCGAUCGCGAGCGGUCAGCGAUAUCGACGUGUUCCGAGAGCGAUCGACCGCCUCCGUUCAUCGCGACGUGACUCCCUUUAAACACCCUACGCUGCCCCCCCCUACCCCCCCCCCCCCCCCCGUUCGUCGUGUGGCUGCGGAUCACUAUUUAUUCUUCAGCAGUGACGAUACUUCCUAAUGCGGCCAUUAAGUGGGCCACCGGGACUCACCGAUCGGAACGUGUCACGAAGCAUUUACACCGGACUGUGACCAUGCAAAACUUGAAAAGAAAAAAAAAGUUUGUUUAAGCGCUUUUGGUCCCCCCGUCACCUUUAAGGAUGAGGGGGGAGUCCCGAUUUUACGAACUUCGUUGAAGAAGUGAAAAAAAAAAUAGCAAGGACUAUAGCAAGCUUAUAGCUCAUCUCAAUUGUGUUCAGCGCCUUAUCUGUGUGCUUUUCAUCGCACUUUCAUUCUAAUGUCAUUGUUUCGCCUGCCUUCAUUGCAAGGUCGGGAUUUGUGAGAGCUUGAGUCUGGUUUAUUUUUGACGUGACUCUGUUGUAUAACAUUUUUUUUACCACUCCUGGCAAAAACAUUUAUGUCGUUUCGCUCGUUUUUUACGAGAUGUGCGCGCAUGUGCGCCCGGGGCUACAAUAUAUGCGUUUAUAAAGUUCAAAUUAGAUGUAUAUACUGUUCCGACAAGUGUUUUCUUGUGCCGAAAAAAAAAAUCUGUGUGUGUGUAUACUUCGUAAGGACAAGGAACUCUAGCGCACUGGGGACGACUCUCGCGCCGUGCUGCAAUGUUUCAUGUUCGAAUGAGACGCGAGCUGUGUCUGGUAAAUUGUGUUUUCGCGCCUUCUAACUCGAAUUUUUUUUUCACGCCAUUUUAUUUAGAACGAGGCACAAAAAUCUAGUCCUGCAUACGAAGGGUUGAGCUGUGUGCUAAACACUUAGCGCGUGGUCGUCGACUCGCAGUAUACCAACGCAUUGCAAUGGUGACAAUAGCAAAAAAAAGAAAAGAUAUUCAGUUUGUGAAAUAGUUUCUUUUUUGGUACGAGCUUGUGUAAGUAAUAGUUAUAACUUUGGCGGCGUUUGUGAUUGAAGAUUUUAUGUGACCUUUACGCUGCAAAAAUAGCAUGCGUUUCUUCCGUUACCUUGCGUCUUGUGUGGGGUGUGUUGACGGCACGUGAAUUGUUUUGUUUUGUGCCGCGUUGCUUCAAGUUCUGUAAAUAGUGAUGCAUCGAGACACGAGGUGUCCCAAAAUGGUACGUGAAGAAUAAAAUACACAUGCUCUG